AUGGCUGGGGGAAGGAGAGGGCUGGUGGCUCCACAGAACACCUUCCUGGAGAAUAUCGUGCGGAGGUCCAACGAUACAAAUUUUGUCCUGGGUAAUGCGCAGAUAGUGGAUUGGCCAGUUGUAUACAGCAAUGAUGGAUUCUGCAAGCUGUCAGGAUACCACCGAGCAGAAGUUAUGCAAAAGAGCAGCACCUGCAGUUUCAUGUAUGGAGAGCUGACAGAUAAAGAUACAAUUGAUAAGGUUCGGCAAACUUUUGAGAACUAUGAGGUGAACUCAUUUGAAAUCCUGAUGUACAAGAAAAAUAGGACUCCUGUUUGGUUCUUUGUGAAAAUUGCUCCGAUUCGAAAUGAACAGGACAAAGUUGUUUUGUUUCUUUGCACUUUCAGUGACAUCACAGCUUUCAAACAGCCUAUUGAGGAUGACUCAUGCAAAGGUUGGGGAAAGUUUGCUCGUUUGACACGUGCACUAACAAGUAGCCGAGGAGUCCUGCAGCAGCUUGCCCCCAGUGUGCAGAAAGGAGAGAAUGUUCACAAGCACUCCCGUCUAGCAGAGGUCUUGCAGUUGGGCUCUGAAAUCCUCCCGCAAUACAAGCAAGAAGCACCAAAGACCCCACCACAUAUCAUUUUACAUUAUUGUGUUUUCAAGACUACUUGGGAUUGGGUGAUUCUGAUUUUAACUUUCUACACUGCAAUUUUAGUCCCUUACAACGUCUCAUUUAAAACCAAACAGAACAAUGUGGCCUGGCUGGUAGUGGACAGCAUUGUAGAUGUCAUUUUUCUAGUAGACAUUGUGCUUAAUUUUCACACCACAUUUGUUGGGCCUGCUGGAGAGGUGAUCUCUGAUCCAAAGCUGAUCCGCAUGAAUUACUUGAAGACCUGGUUUGUAAUUGACCUUCUCUCCUGUUUGCCAUAUGAUGUGAUCAAUGCAUUUGAGAACGUUGAUGAGGGCAUCAGUAGUCUGUUCAGUUCCCUUAAAGUAGUCAGGCUGCUUCGACUGGGUCGUGUGGCUCGAAAAUUGGAUCACUAUAUUGAAUAUGGAGCAGCUGUCUUGGUUCUUUUGGUGUGUGUUUUUGGCCUUGCAGCCCAUUGGCUGGCCUGCAUUUGGUACAGUAUUGGGGACUAUGAAGUUAUCAAUGAGGAUAAAAACACAAUUCGAAAUGAAAGCUGGCUCUACCAGCUAGGGGAAUCCAUAGGAUCGCCCUAUCAAUUGAACACAACAACUGGAAAAUGGGAAGGCGGACCAAGCAAGGAUUCUGUUUAUAUCUCUUCAUUAUACUUUACAAUGACUAGUCUGACCAGUGUUGGAUUUGGGAACAUUGCACCUACGACAGAUGGAGAGAAGAUCUUUGCUGUUGCUAUGAUGAUGAUUGGCUCUCUGUUAUAUGCAACCAUUUUUGGGAAUGUGACAACUAUCUUCCAGCAAAUGUAUGCUAAUACAAAUCGAUAUCACGAAAUGUUAAACAGUGUCCGGGACUUCCUGAAGCUCUAUCAAGUGCCCAAAGGCUUGAGUGAACGUGUGAUGGAUUACAUUGUUUCUACCUGGUCAAUGUCCAGGGGCAUUGAUACUGAAAAGGUUUUACAGAUCUGUCCUAAGGACAUGAGAGCAGAUAUCUGUGUACAUCUGAACCGAAAAGUUUUUAAAGAGCACCCAGCAUUCAGACUGGCUAGUGAUGGGUGCCUGCGAGCUCUUGCAAUGGAAUUUCAGACUGUGCAUUGUGCUCCAGGAGAUCUCAUUUACCAUGCGGGUGAGAGCGUGGACAAUCUGUGCUUUGUGGUUUCAGGAUCCUUGGAGGUGAUCCAAGAUGAUGAAGUUGUUGCAAUUCUGGGCAAAGGGGAUGUCUUUGGUGAUGUCUUCUGGAAAGAAACAACUCUUGCCCAGUCGUGUGCGAAUGUAAGGGCUUUGACUUACUGUGACCUUCAUGUAAUUAAAAGGGAUGCCUUACAGAAAGUGCUGGAGUUCUACACAGCCUUUUCACAUUCUUUCUCCAGGAACCUCAUCCUGACCUACAAUUUGCGAAAAAGGAUUGUAUUCCGGAAGAUCAGUGAUGUAAAACGAGAAGAAGAAGAGAGAAUGAAAAGGAAGAAUGAAGCCCCUUUGGUCUUGCCACCUGACCAUCCAGUACGUCGGCUUUUCCAAAGAUUUCGGCAGCAGAAGGAAGCCCGACUAGCUGCAGAAAGAGGAGGCAAAGAAGACCUUGAUGUUGAAAGGGGCAACAUUUUAGGAGAUCACUCUUCCCACACAGUUGUCAAAGCCAGCAUUGUCACCGUAAGGGAAAGCCCCGCAACCCCAGUUGCCUAUCAGUCUGCUUCAACAUCAGGUAUAUCUGACCAGGCCAAACUACAAGCUCCAGUUUCAGACUAUGUUGGUGGGAAAGCAGCAGGAGAUUAUCCAAAGCGUAAAGGCUGGGCAAAAUUCAAAGAUGCUUGUGCUAAGGGAGAGGACUGGAACAAAGUUUCCAAAGCUGAAUCCAUGGAAACAUUGCCAGAAAGAACAAAAGCAACAGGUGAAGCUACUUUGAAGAAGACAGACUCUUGUGACAGUGGCAUCACAAAAAGUGACCUGCGCUUGGACAAUGUGGGGGAAACACGAAGUCCUCAGGAUCGAAGUCCCAUCCUUGCAGAAGUCAAACAUUCUUUCUACCCUAUCCCUGAACAGACUCUCCAGGCAACUAUGCUGGAAGUGAAACAUGAAUUGAAGGAAGACAUCAAAGCUUUAAAUACAAAAAUGACCAAUAUAGAAAAACAGCUUGCUGAAAUACUAAGGAUAUUAGCCUCUCGAAGAAGCUCUCAGACCCCACAGGAGCUGUAUGAAAUAUCAAGACCCCAAUCUCCAGAAUCAGAAAAAGAUAUGUUUGGAGCAAGCUGA